AGUAACCAUGUCGGCGCCACAGCAGCAGCAGCAGCAGGCACCUCAGGGCCUCGACCAGUUCGACGAGGCCACUCGCCGCGAGCUCCAGAACUUCCUCGCCCAGGAGCAGACCAAGGCCGCUCUCCAGACCCAGGUCCACGCUUUCACCGACCGCUGCUGGGACCUCUGCAUCAAGGGCCAGCCGGGCGCACGCUUCAGCCGCGGCGAGGAGGCCUGCCUCACCAACUGCGUCGACCGCUUCCUCGACUCGUCCCUCUUCAUCGUCAAGAGCCUCGAGGAGCGCAAGGGCGGCCACCUGUAGAUUAUCCCUCCUCCCUCCCCCUUCGUCUCCCUUUGCACAAAAGUACAGCACCCACCGCAACGCACGCACUCUUCUCUUCCUUC